AUGGAGGACUACAAGCACCAGAACAAACUUACAGGCGGCCUUCGCCAUCUUCAUGUUGAUACUACUGAUGAUGUUGCCAAGUACACUAUUUCAGUUAAGACAGUUACUCGCCCAAACCACAGGCAGACUGGCAAGGAGAUAGAAGUUCUUAUGAAUGCCUAUCCCAUCACCAAAUUCCCCACCUGCAACGUCUACCAAUACGAUGUGCAAAUCAGAAAUGGUGUUGAAAAGAAUAUCAUCAUUAAGAAGGUCUGGAAUUCCAAUGCUCGCAAGGCCGCCUUGAAGCAGAUCAUCUUUGAUGGUCAGAAGCUUGCCUGGUCUAUGAACAACUACUCUAACAGUUUGAACAUGGUUGUCGAUCUCAAUCAAGAACAGGGUCGCCCUGCUGGUAGAACCAGCAACACCUUCCAUCUGACUGUUCGCCGGAAGACUGUCAACCUGGCUGUUCUCAACGCCUGGCUUACUGGACGCACCUCUAUGUCAGAGGCGGUCCUUGAGGCUAUGAACUUCCUGGACCAUGUCCUUCGCGAGCAUCCUAGCGGCAAAUUCCUGGCCCUUCGUCGCUCCUUCUUCGAUGAGAAAGGUGAUAACCAGGAUCUCGGAAACGGCGUCUUGGCCUUCAAGGGUGUCUACCAGGCGAUCCGUCCUGCACUGGGCCGCGGUCUCAUUGUCAAUGUCGAUGUGUCCAACUCCUGCUUCUGGGCGCGGACCUCUUUCAUGGGCGCCGCCAUGGUGGUGCUUGAUUGUCGGGACCAUCAGCAUCUGAUGCAUGUUCUCAAGCCUAUCAGUGACGGCUAUGGUGGUGUUACUAAGUCAACUAGCUUUUAUAAGGUCCAUCGUCGCCUUCAAAAGCUCGGGGUCCAGCCGCAUUACAGAGGCUGCCCUUGCACUGGUGUUGAUUUCACUGUCAAGGGAUUGCUCCAUGCCAACGCUCGACAAUAUAUGAUCAAGAUUAAGGAUAAAGCCACUGGAAAAACCGAGAAGAUGAGUGUGGAGGCGUACUUUAAGAAGAAGUACAACCUGACCUUGAACUACUGGGAGCUUCCUAUGGUUGAGAUGACGAAGAAAGGCGUUGUCUACCUAAUGGAAGUGUUGACGAUCCACAGACUCCACCGUUACCCAUGGAAGUUGAAUGAGUAUCAGACUUCAGUAAUGAUCAAGUAUGCUGCAUCACGUCCUGCGGAUCAUCUCAAUUCCAUUUAUAAGUUAAAGGCUAUACUCAACCACGCAAAAGACCCUGUUCUCAACACUUUCGGCCUUGCCAUCAAAGAUGAUAUGAUUCGCACCAAGGCCCGUCUCUUGCCUAGCCCCGACAUUCAGUUUGGUGGAAACCAGUGCCUCUCUCCUGGCACCAACGGCCAUUGGGAUCUUUGUGGCAAGAAAUUCUAUCAGCCAACAAGAGACCAUUAG